AUGGAAAAGUAUGAGAAAUUAGCUAAGAUUGGAGAGGGGUCUUAUGGGGUUGUAUUCAAAUGCAGAAACAAAACCUCUGGACAAGUGGUAACUAUUAAAAAAUUUGUGGAAUCCGAAGAUGAUCCUGUGGUUAAGAAAAUAGCUCUAAGAGAAAUAUGCAUGUUGAAGCAAUUAAAACACCCAAAUCUUGUGAACCUCACUGAGGUGUUCAGGAGAAAAAGGAAAAUGCAUUUAGUUUUUGAAUACUGUGAUCAUAUACUUUUAAAUGAGCUGGAAAGAAACCCAAACGGAGUUGCUGAUGGAGUGAUCAAAAGUGUGUUAAGGCAAACACUUCAAUAUCUUAACUUCUGUCAUAGACAUAAUUGUAUUCACAGAGAUGUAAAACCUGAAAAUAUUCUAAUAACUAAGCAAGGAAUAAUCAAGAUCUGUGACUUUGGGUUUGCAUGAAUUCUGAUUCCAGGAGAUGCCUACACUGAUUAUGUCGCUACAAGAUUGUACCGAGCUCCUGAACUUCUUGUGGGAGAUACCCACUAUGGUUCUUCAGUCGACGUAUGGGCUACCGGUUGCAUUUUUGCAGAGCUCCUGACAGGCCAGCCACUCUGGCCUGGAAAAUCAGAUGUGGACAAACUGUAUCUGAUAAUCAGAACACUGGGUAUAAGUUGCAUUUUAUGGCUUACAGAAAAACUAAUCCCAAGACAUCAAUCUAUCUUUAAAAGUAACCAGUUUUUCCAUGGCAUCAGUAUUCCUGAACCAGAAGAUAUGAUAAAUUGCUCGAUUCUGGAAACUCUUGAAGAAAAGUUCUCAGAUGUUCAUCCUGUGGCUUUGAAUUUCGUGAAGGAGUGUCUGAGGAUGAAUCCCGAAGACAGGUUAACUUGUGCCCAACUCCUGGAGAGCCCCUACUUUGAUUCUUUUCAAGAGGACCAACUAAAAAGAAAAGCAUGUAAUGAAGGAAGAAACAGAAGAUGUCAGCAGAAUCAACUGUUGCGUCUCAUACCAGGAAGCCACAUCCCCACACCUGAUGGAAGAAAACAAGUCUUCCAGUUAAAAUUCGAUCAUCUUCCAAACAUUUAG